AUGCCACCUCGAAGGGAUGACCGACUUGCGGUCAUCAACACUAUCUUCAGAGGCCCAAGUAGGGGCAAAUACAGAAAUAAGAGGAAGAAGCUUACUAGGGAAGCUCAGCGUGAAGUCUGUGCCAUUCAGGAGCAGAGGUCGAUCUGCCUCAUCUCCUUCUCAAAGUCCGACCUGGAGGAGGUCCAUUUGCCCCACAAUGAUGCUUUGGUGAUCUCGUCGCUAAUUGGCCAUGUACAAGCCAGAAGGGUCCUAGUCGAUGAAGGCGUUUCUGCCAACAUCAUGUCCCUUACCACUUACUUAGCAUUGGGAUGGACUAGAGUACAGCUGAAGAAAAGUCCAACGCCCUUAGAUGAAUUUGCUGGGGAGUCUGUUACCCCUAAAGGUUGUAUCGACAUUCCUAUCACAAUCGACCAAGGUGACACCCAAGUCACUCAGAUGGCCGAGAUAGUGGUGAUUGAUGGCAGAUCAGCUUACAAUGCCAUCUUCAGACGACCUAUCAUCCAUUCACUUCGGGCUGUUCCGUCAACUCUGCAUCAAGUCAUGAAGUACUCAAUUGUUAACAGAGUCGGCAUGGUCCGAAGAGAGCAGAAAACAUCUCGAGAAUGUUAUACCUCUGCACUCAAGGGAUCGACAGUUUGUGCCUUGGAAGAGGAAUAA